AUGACUUUACCAUGGCAAUUAAUUAUAAUAGUUUUCAUUUGUUCAAUGUUUUUCUCUUUCUUUUCAGCAAGUGGUCCAAUUAGAAAAGUACUUAAUCAACCCGUUGUUAGUAUAAUUAGAGUUGUAAAUUAA